AAAAUGGCUGCCCCAGGGAAGGGAGCCCAGCUCAGGCCGUGAGGGGCUGCGCCUCUGCCAGCCCCGUCGCCCGACGACGUCGCUUCGCCCGCCGGACCUCGCUCAGAGAAUCGUUUCCACUCCCUGAAGAGUGCAAAGCCUGGACAAGCAGUGUGCACUCUUCAGCAGCGCUUACUGACAUCCCUGACUCAUCCGUCUGAGGGAACCAACAAGAGGGCACUUCUCUUCUUGACAUAAAGAGUCUUCACUCUGUCUAGGAGGUGUCCUCCACAAGAGCAGAUAAAAAAGGAAUUUUCAGAGUAAGAGGGAUAAAAGCUUUCUUGCAGAUGUACGGUAGUGCAAAGGAAGAGCUCUCCUUGAUAGCUGAUGCAUCCUCUGAAAUAAUCUUAUAAAUUCCUACAUCCUAUAGAUUCCUACAUUCAAAUUGACUGUGGAACUCAACAAAAAAAAAAUGAUAAAAUUUUUUCUUAUGGUGAACAAACAAGGUCAAACUAGGCUCUCCAGGUAUUAUGAGCAUAUAGAAAUUCAUAAGCGGACAAUGUUGGAAGCUGAAGUAAUCAAAAACUGUCUCUCUCGUUCAAAGGAUCAAUGCUCUUUCAUUGAGUAUAAGGACUUUAAGUUGGUAUACCGACAGUAUGCAGCCCUUUUUGUAGUCGUUGGAAUCAAUGAGACAGAGAAUGAGAUGGCAGUAUAUGAACUAAUUCAUAAUUUUGUGGAGGUUCUGGACAAAUACUUCAGCAGAGUGAGUGAAUUAGAUAUCAUGUUCAAUUUGGAUAGAGUGCACAUCAUACUGGAUGAAAUGGUGCUAAAUGGCUGCAUUGUGGAAACAAACCCCAGCAGAAUUCUUGCGCCGCUGUUUGUGCUCGACAAAGUGGCGGAGAGCUAGGAAGAUGCAAGACUGACUGAAGCAUUUAACAAAAGAUGGUGAAAUCCUCUAAAGCAUACCAACAAGCAAUCCUCUCAUUUUGCAAGACCAACUCGUGCAAUAUUUAAAACAGCUGAAAAAUAUUUCCUGCUUCUCCUGUACCCUGAAAAAGACAUAGAACCACAAAGUGGAAACUUUAUUUUCAGACUUGCUAAGGACACAGCAGAAGCCUUUCUAGAAAAAGAAACUCCUCAAGAAUUGUUUCUUCUUUCCAACAAACUAAGAAUAAAGCAAUGGAAACUUA